CGUCACUUUACGUCUUUCGUCGUUCCGCGCACCUAUCAACGUUACACUGUCCGUCAGAAAUAGUCGCUUGUCAAGUUACCUCUGCACGCACACACAGGACUAAUAACUAAUUAUGGAUAAAAUAUAUUUUCUGUUACUCUUAGUAAUUGCAGUGUACUUCCAUCCGUCAGUGCGCGCACAGGAGCGCCCGCGGACGGUGACUCGACGCGGCAAGCGGCCACCUGGCAUGCCUUUCUCAAUCCGUCGCGGAGCCGGUCGUCCCCCGCCGCCACCUCAGCCGCUAUAUGGACCGAAUACGCGAAGAAACCCGUUCGCUGAUUUCGCCCAAGUAGACAACGGGUACCUGCCCGCGCAAUACCAUCCUCCCAUACUCACACGUGGGAAUGAAGGCAGUGAUAUUCCAAAAUCCCGGAAGUGGAAACCCACUGAACCCCCAACUGUUCCUCCAACUCCACCGCCCACUAAACCUCCUACUACUACCACUACAACAACAACAACAACAACAACAACAACAACACCACCAACAACCACGACAACAACAACAACGACAACACCUGCGCCUACCAAGCCGCCAUCGAUACCAAUCAGAACACAUACACGUAAAUGGCAGCCGAAUAACCAACCAGCUUAUAGGCCACGUGAUCCAUAUGAAACAAGGUUUGCAUCAAAUAAUAUUCCAACCACAACAAAGAAGCCAUUACCUGUUGUUUCUAUAUACGACGAAUACGGUGCACCUGUGCCCCAACCAGACCCACAGCCUACGAUCCAAUCCGCGCAGAAAGCUCAACUGCCUUCGGGCAUACAAUACCCACAACCAGUUCCCGCUCAGACUCAGGCCCCUGUCCCAGCCUUCAAUGUACCAUCACAGUCCUUCCGGCCGCCACCACCGCCCCCACUUCCUGAAACCCAGAGUCAGACCGCGUACCAAGUCUCUUCCGGUCAGGUUUCCUAUUCGGUAUCUGGUGGCGUCCCCGUUACAUCCAACAACGUUGCUUCUUCCGCCAAUCAGUAUCAGUCGGGGCUUCCGGCGUCGUCCCAGGGUGCCCUUUCUUCCGCAAAUCAAUAUCAAGCGGGUCCUUCUGCGUCCUCUCAGGGUGGGUCUAAACAACUAGCCUUUCUGCAGGAUUUUAAAGAGCAGUUGGAUUUAUUUGCAAAGCAGCUUGGCGUCCUACCUUCGAGCAGUGGUAAAACAAAGGACAUAUCGGCUGGACAAUCAAACCCAUCCACGUACCAAGCUGGCCAGAACAUUAUUAGCGCUGAUCGUCCGUCGUCUGUAAAUGCAUAUCCCCAACAAAGUGUUCCACAGAAUCAAUGGCAAUCGCAGCAGGCAAACCCUGCUUCUACACAAGUAACACAAGGCCAAGAGUACCCACUUCCGGCAAGGAAUGACAUUCAAUACAGGACAAAUACCCAACAGGUCGCUCAGAAUCCAAAUGACAAUCGGUACAUGGCGAAACCGAAGAUUUCCGAUAUUCCAUAUGUUGUGGGACAAACAGAAUCAAGUGCAUCUAUAGAAUACAACCAAUACAACCAACCAGGGAAUGCCAAUAGACAAGGCUCAAACCCAUCUCGUAAGGACCCCGUUUUGUAUAAGCCAUCUGAUGGAAACGAUGUUCGCAGUGGCCCUGGUGCUUCGCAGGGCUGGCCCUUGGCUCAAGGACAAACUUCUUACAUAGGACAGGUGCCAGUACCAGUGUUGAAUGGCACUGUCAAAGAAUAUAGUUACGCGAGUGGUUCUUUAAGUAAGUCUAGAACACCUGACAGAAGUGUUUCUGGCAGUGAAUAUGCUAGCAAGCCUUCUUCGUACACGAAUCGUUACGAUCCAUCUGCAAUAGAAAGUAACAGUCGACCCACACAAUACGACCGUGAACAAGUUGAUAGCACCGUUCAGGAAAGUGUCUUAAACAAUUAUAAUCAAAACAAUGGGAAUUUAAGACAAGAUAGUGAACGUUUGGCACGAUUACAAGCUAGAAAACAAUAUGAUCAGUUGUCGACAACACACAACGCUAAACGACCGACAGCUGAUAAAGCCGGCUGGGGGACCGUUGGAAAAGGGAAUGAAAAAGGUUUGGGGCUUCCAGCUUAUAGUAAUUCACGAGCUGGUGUUAAUAUGUAUCCUGAUCAACCAGGAAGGACUCCAUCCUUAUCUUCUAGUGGUGCCAGACAAAAUGUUGAUAAAAGCCUCGUAAAUGAGUACGGUUCUUGGAGAGAGGACCCCAGAGUUGGUUACAAAUCUUCAAAUGUAGGCAGUGCUGGUCGGGACUUAUUCACGCAAUACGCCGAUGGACUUGAUGCUUCGAAGGCAUCUGCUAAAAGCAAUACGUUUGGAUCACCAAAUGUAAACAAGCGGACUGGGAACAGGGAUGAUUUUGUAAGGUCAGAAAGCCGCUUGCUUAAUGCUCAAAAAAGCUCGGACAUGUACGCGAUGGAAAAUGGAAUACCCUCGAAGGGCUCGCAAAAAGAGGGCCCAUCCGUUGUGUACGAUGAUCAGUACAACAGAAAUAACUUCGCAAGUGCACAAACCAAAGGCAAUACUAGAGAAGGUCGCAUUGAUGUGUCUGAAUCCAAUAGGAGGCGAAACCGCGGAGAAUAUCCAUCAGGUCAGCCUGAAGAGCCAUCUAUGGCUUACGUUGACAACGGAAGCAGGCACUCAUUAUCCAAACCUACAUCUCAGUCAUCUAGUGUUAAAUCCCAAACCGCUACACACGAUGGUAAGAGGACAUUAACUCGUGAUGAAAUUAUAGCCCUUCUUAAACGCCGCGGUCUUAUGGUCGGGGAUAAUACGCCAACCACGGCCAGUCCUUCAACAAAGAAAUCGCCGGGUUCAAGAGGAACUAUAGGCCAGGAAACAUACCGGUCAGAUGUGUAUUCUGCCCAGUCCGAAGGAUCGUAUGACAGAAAAUCAUCGCCGAAGUUUUCUUCAGCGUUCGACAGAGGUCUCCCGGAUCCGAGAUCAGGUAACGGACGCAGCGACGUGUCCCUUCCAGAUUCGAAAUACGGCGGUAUUGAUUACUCAAAUACAGCAAUUUCCGGUGGUCAAUAUGGAAUGGACUCACCAGACAGCCCGAAAACCAAUGGUCGCGUUGACAAUUCUUUCGGCAACGUUCGAAGCCAGACAGGCAGGGACAUCCCGGAUGCUCUCAAAUCAAAUGGUCGGAAUGAAAUCGGGUCUGGUGGAAACGGCAGGGAUAAACCGGAGUCACGGGGCGCAAACAGCCGCGGUGAAUAUUCGCCCAAUGAGUUUGCAAGGCAAUCGUCAGAAGGCUCAUCAUCCCAAUAUGGUUUGUUAGGACCGAGUUUCAAUAAAGGUGAACGAAUACACACAAACGUCGCAGCUAGAACUAAACCGAAGGUGACCUUCGAGGAACCAAGUGCGAUGUCCGACCAGAAACGUCGAGGUUCCCCCUCCAAAGGAAUUGCUUCAAGUGUAGACGUCAACGAAUAUGCUUCAAGUUCAAAAGCAAAUGAGUAUGGGAACAGCGAUGUGUCCGCACCUGUGGGAAGCCUGCUUGGUGGUUCCGGCGGCCCGAUACAGGAACGCUGCCCCGUCACCCCAGUCUGUGGCACGGACGGCUUCACAUACAUGUCCGAAUGCUUCCUUUGGAACGGUAUCAAAAAGGACUGUGAAGGAUUCUGCCCGUGCCGUUCAAAGUCGGCUACGGCCGCUUCAUCUGCAGCCUCCAAACCAUCAGUUAUCGCCGCCGCAGCAAUUGUCACCACAAAGCCUACUCCUGUCUACAAACCAAAACCAGUACCAACACAUGGUUCUAAAGUUUACAACCCCGAGUUCCAGCUGCCGGUUCAGGCGCCCGCAUCGACAGUACGCGCGUAUCCUAACGCAGCUUCUGUUGGUGCUGUUCCAGAUAUAAAUACUGUUGUACAACCCGUUCCACAGUAUAUCCCUCCAGUGGCCCCACAAUUAAACGUUGACAGUGUGGCUUCCAGUAAAGCAUAUGGCCCGUCGCCAACAGUUGUUCAAUCUUCGAACAAUGUUGCAUUUGAUGCAGUGGUCGCCGUUGAUAAGAGUGUAGUACAGGGACCGCCGCCGGCCCGUGUCCAGGCUCUCCAAGCCCGACAAGUAGCAAUGGCGGCCCGGGGAGCUCCACCGCCCAACAAACCACCACCUGACUGCAAGUGUCCACCCAUCUACCGUCCAGUAUGCGGCGUCCGAGGCGCCACCUAUGAUAACGACUGUUACAGACGUUGCAGUAACGAGAGAAAGGCGUGUAACGGUGAAUGUCCGUGUACUGGCCAACCACAUUCAUUAGGCCACAAUCUCAAGGCGGAGGUGGCAGUUCCCGCCUCGGAGCCGAUAACUUCCGGAGACGGUUACCACAAUCAAAACCUAAACCAUGAGCGUAGCUACCAGCCGGCGCUCACGUGCGAAUGCACGCGCCAUGACAUCGAUCCCGUGUGCACGACGGAUGGACAGACGGAGUGGUUUGGCUGUUUAGCCAUCUGCCUCGGUAAGACGGUAGCGUGUUCGUCUGAAUGUCCCUGUUAGGACGGAAGCUAUGGCAGGUGUCCAUUUUUAACGCGGCCAGUAAAGGUGCCCAUUGGAGCGUUCUGCUGAUUUAUCGAUUUUUUUUUUAAUUUUAAGCAGGGCAUGAAUUAUUUUGAUUGUGAAACAGUUGAUUUGUAUACUUGAUACGUUAAUUAUUGUAUUUUCUAAUUUAUUAUUUUUGUAUUACUCCUGCCUUUAUAUGAAUUUAAAUGCAAACAAUUACAAUUUGUUUUGACUUAUUGUGUGUAGCUAUUGUAUCAACAUUUCAUACGGUAGGUCUGAUUGGUUGUAUAUUUUGUUUCUACCAAAUGUGCCAACGUAUCUCCUGUACAUGUAUAUGGUGUAUACGAGACUUAAAGGGACUAGACACCAGAUUGACCCCAAAUCGGCAAAUACAGUAUUCCCUCAAAACAAACUUAAUAUUGUCGAUAGUAGGCGGUCGAUAAUAAAUCACUUUACACGAUUCAAAGAAUAUUUAGUCGCUGUCUCAGCUGAGUUAACUCGUUCAAAAAUAGUGCAUAAUUGUUUCUCUUACUGGGAUUUACGUGGUAGACAAACCCAGUUUAAUUCGAUUUGUAAAUUUACACAAAAACUGCGAAAGAUACAUGUUUUGUAAGCGAUGUGAUACAUCAGUAGGUCAGAUUCAAUGCGUUGUACACAACGCUUUCAAUUUUAUGUAAGUUAUUGACAAUUUUCUUUUUUCUCUUGCGAUUGUAUCUGGUGUCUAGUCCCUUUAAUGUGACGAAAGUGUCUUCCUCAUUUGCUGUGUAUUAUCUGAAUGGUUAUGAAUUACGGUAUCAUACAGAACACACACAUGACUUUGAGGAUUUAUAAUAAACAAAAUAAAAAUUUAAUUUUAUAAGCAAAUUAAUAAUAUGUAAGUCAACGUUAUUGGAACCUUACGCAGGCAUAGUUUGUCUUAUUGCGUAUUUCAAUAUUUUUUCAUGAUGUAUUUUCAUUUUUCUCAUUGUUCUUUUAUGUACAAACGUUGAUUUUUUUCCAAAUAAUCUGUAGACUAUAUAUUGAACCCAACCUAUUUUAUUGCAUUUUUAUAACAUUUAUGUUGACAAAUUUAGCCUUGACAAAUUAAUUAAGAUUGAGCGAAGGUAUUGACAUUAUUAUUAUCGUUCUUUCUCGCCUGGCCACAAUAUACAUGGUACCAUAUAAAUUACAAACCAAUAGGAACGUUUAUUUAAUUACGCACGUGGGCGUUAUAUAUUUUAAGACUUUAUAUAUUGCAUGAUUGAUGUUGAGGCACCAUGGUUACUGUACAUAGAUGCUAUUUUCGCUCAGGCGCCAAUUUUCCAAAACGUCUUAUAGCAAAAUCUUUAUAAAAGCACACUAGUUUUGUAAUGGUAUUCAUUGUGUUAUUUUCUCAUGUUAAUAGUCAUAUGACUUUUAGAAACAUAAAUAUCAUUCGGAUACAUAUAAUUAUUGUAACAUUAAAAAUAGGAUGUUUUAAUAUAUAUAUGGAAAUAUUAAGUGUAAGUCAGUAAUUUAGCUAAAUGAAAUAUGAUUCUUUAUCGGGUCUAGCUUAAGAUCCUUUCAGGGGUGUUAUUCAAUAUGCACCUUCAAUCAAUCUUAUGGUCAUACAUCAUUGACUUCUUUUACUGUAUUGGUCGGUUAUUUAUAUCGAGCAAUCCGAUUAGCUACAUCGUUGAUACCACCAAGAUCAUUUUUUUGCUGAAUGCUCUCUGUCUUUGAGGUUUAUUUUGAUAUAAUUGAAUUGCCUCUCCUCCAAAUAACUUUAACGCGUCUGUAAGUUGCUGUAGUUAAAUGCUUUACAAUUGCAUUACAGUCCUGUACGGCCAUUUGCAAAUACAUUUAAUUUAUAAUCUUCCUUAUUAUUGUUGAAAUAAACUGUAA